AUGGACCUUGUUACGGGGUCGGCGACGGUGUUGUACCACGGCGUGUACAUCCAUCACCCCAUCGGCGGCUACGCGCAUGUGGUUCUCCCGCCCGGCGGCAUCGAGUCCAACGUCUUCGCCACCGGCCGCCACUACUGGUCGGCCCGAUUCGUCUGCCGCAAGAUCUACGGCGGCAACACGUGCCUGUCCAUGAGCCUGCAUCUCUGGUCCAGAGGCGUCAAGGUGAAGGCGUCCUGGGAGCUCAGCGUCAUCGACCCACUACGCGGCUCCCUGCUCCUGACUACGCUGUACAGUUCGCCACCGCAGUAUUUUGUGUCGUCGGAGGACAUCCGCUGGGACCUGGACUAUGUCUUCCUGAGCGACCGGUGCUUUUGGUAUGUCGAUGACAGCGGCCGGCUCGUGUUGCAGAUCACGGUCACGAUCGUCCCGGAGGACGAUCCCGAGACGACAAUAGGCAGGCAGAUUGACGACGUGCCGCCGUCGGACAUGCUGGACCAGCUCGGCGAGGUCCUGGAGACAAGGGAGGGCGCGGACGUCACCUUCUCCGUCGACGGUGAGCUCAUCCCGGCGCACAAGAUCGUGCUCGCCAUGAGAUCACGCGUCUUCAAAGCGCAGCUCUAUGGGGAGAUGAAGGAGAGUGGGGAGCAGCCCAUCGAGAUCAGCGCCAUGACUGCCGACACGUUCAGGGCUUUGCUCCGUUACAUCUACACCGACUCUUCGCCGGCGAGCAGCAGCAACCAACAAGGCGAGGAAGAAGGCAGCCAGGACAAUGACAAGCAGGUUUGGGAGCUGCUCACGGCCGCAGACCGUUACAGCGUGGAGCGGCUGAAGCUCAUCUGCGAGCGCACUCUUUGCAAGAGGCUUGACGUCGACAACGUGGCGGUUAUGUUGGGGCUGGCUGAUCGACACCACUGCGGCACGCUUAAGGAUGCCUGCAUCGACUUCAUGAGCACUUCGCAUAGGAUGGACCAGGUAAAGAAGAGCCAAGGGUUCUUGCAGCUAAAAGAUUCCCACCCUCUUCUUUUGGUGGAAGUGUUAGAGAAGUCAAGCAAGUUUUAA